CUCAUUUCCUUUAUUUUUCUCCUUCCCCGAAAAUACUCGUAUAUCCACCAAAACACUACGAACUGUUGCCUUCACCUGCCUUCUUGAAUUUCUGACCCGUUCCAAAACGUCGACAGCCAGAAACAUACAAUUUUUUCGACAGCUUGGAAGUUAAGCUAGACUGGUUUUAAGUGGAUGAACAAAAUCACUAUUAUUUUAACAGAACAAAUUCCUAAAAUCACUGAGCAGCAAACCAAAUUGACGGAGAAAGAAAAUGAAAUUUUACGGAAGAUGUUAUGGAUCAAUGUUCUUUUUCGCAUUAUGUUUUUCUUGUCAUUCACAUAUAUAAUACAGGUUGAGCAUUGCGCAGUAGUCCUCUGCAAUUUAUUUGGAAAACAUCAUCCAUGGCUUCCCAUGUGGUUGGCUAUCCUCGCAUGGGUCCCAAGAGGGAGCUGAAAUUUGCAUUGGAGUGCUUCUGGGAUGGCAAGAGCAGCGAAGUAGAGCUACAAAAGGUGGCCAAGGAUUUGAGAAUUUCAAUAUGGAAGCAGAUGAGUGAUGCUGGCGUGACUUAUAUACCAAGCAACACCUUCUCCUACUAUGAUCAGGUGCUUGACACCUCUGCAAUGCUUGGGGCUGUUCCUUCCAGGUAUGGGUGGAACGGUGGAGAGAUUGGAUUUGACACCUACUUCUCUAUGGCCCGUGGUAAUGCCAAGCUGCCUGCCAUGGAGAUGACCAAGUGGUUUGACACCAACUACCACUACAUUGUUCCAGAGCUGGGACCAGAAACUAAAUUCAAGUACUCUUCACGUAAAGCAGUUGAUGAGUACAAGGAAGCUAAACAGAUUGGUAUUGAGACCGUGCCUGUCAUUAUAGGACCAUUGACAUACUUGCUGUUAUCUAAACCUGCAAAGAGUGUUCCUAAAACCUUUGAGCUCAUGUCUCUGAUAGAUGCAAUACUUCCGGUCUACAAAGAAGUUCUUGGUGAGUUAAACGCAGCUGGGGCAAUGUGGGUGCAAUUCGACGAGCCCUCACUUGUAAUGGACCUUGAGGUUCACCACUUAGAGGCUUUCCAUAAGGCUUAUUCUUUCUUUGGAGGACUAAAUGGAAUUAAAUUGAUUGUUGAGACAUACUUUGCCGAUAUUCCAAUUGAGACUUACAAGACCAUUACUAAAGUAAAAGCUAUAUCUGCUCUCGGGUUGGAUUUAGUCCGUGGAACAAAAACACUCAGCCACAUCAAAACUCAUGGCUUUCCUAGUGAUAAAUAUCUGUUUGCUGGAAUUGUUGAUGGGCGGAAUAUCUGGGCAACAGACUUGGCAGCAGCAUCUUCUAUUUUGAAGGAUCUGGAAACUGCAAUUGGUAAAGGUAAAGUAGUAGUCUCUACCUCCUGCUCUCUUAUUCAUACGGCAGUAGAUUUAGCGAAUGAGACAACGCUUGAUGAUGAGAUCAAAUCCUGGCUUGCAUUUGCUGCACAAAAAGUAGUUGAGGUAGUUGCUUUGGCUAGAGCAUUGGAAGGCCGAACAGAUCAGGCAUACUUUGCUGCCAAUGCAGCUGCUAUAUCUUCAAGAAAGAUGUCAGAAAGAGUGAACAAUGAGGCAGUGCAAAAAUCUGUUGAAGCUCUUAAGGGCUCUGAUCACUGGCGUGCAACUCCUGUAGUAGUGCGUUUAGAUGAACAACAAAAGAAGUUGAACCUACCAGUCCUUCCAACUACUACCGGUGGCUCUUUUCCUCAAACAGUGGAACUUCGGAGAGUUCGCCGCGAAUAUAAAUCAAAAAAGAUUGAAGAGCUAGAAUAUAUUCAAUCAAUCCAACAGGAGAUUACCAAAGUGGUUAAGAUGCAGGAAGAUCUUGACAUCGAUGUUCUUGUUCAUGGUGAACCCGAGAGAAAUGAUAUGGUAGAGUAUUUUGGAGAACAGCUUCAGGGAAUUACCUUUACAGUUAAUGGUUGGGUACAGUCUUAUGGUUCUCGAUGUGUGAAGCCACCAAUUAUUUAUGGCGAUGUCAGCCGCCCAAAGCCGAUGACUGUAUUUUGGUCGAAGUAUGCCCAAAGUCUUACUGCUCGGCCCAUGAAGGGAAUGCUUACCGGUCCUGUUACGAUUCUGAACUGGUCCUUUGUAAGAGAUGAUCAGCCCAGGUCAGAAACCUGCAUGCAAAUCGCUUUAGCCAUCAAGAAAGAAGUUAAAGAUUUGGAGGCAGCUGGGAUUCAGGUAAUCCAAAUUGAUGAGCCAGCUCUCAGGGAAGGAUUACCUUUACGAAAAGCAGAGCAGGCUCACUAUCUUGAAUGGGCUGUUCAUGGUUUCCGAAUCACCAACAGUAGUAUAAAGAAUACUACUCAGAUCCACACUCACAUGUGCUACUCGAAUUUUAAUGACAUCAUCCAUUCCAUCAUUGAUAUGGAUGCUGAUGUCAUUACGAUUGAGAAUUCCCGUUCUGAUGAGAAAUUACUAUCAGUUUUCCAUGAGGGUGUGAAAUAUAGAGCUGGGAUUGGACCCGGUGUCUAUGAUAUACACUCUCCUCGUAUCCCAGAUACAGAAGAGAUCGCAGACCGCAUCCGCAAGAUGCUUGCUGUGCUGGAAGCAAACAUCCUGUGGGUCAAUCCAGACUGUGGUUUGAAAACCAGGAAAUAUAGUGAAGUUGUUCCGGCUUUAACAAAUAUGGUUGCAGCUGCAAAGUUGCUGCGAUCUGAACUAGCCAACACAAAGUGAGGAUGGAAGACAUUAAAACAUGAACAUUUUUAUUUUGAAUGCAAUGAAGAAUUGGGGGCAAGUUUUAUGUUUCAAAUAAAGGGAAUUUCUUAUAAAGUAUUGUAAUCUUAUUUUUCGAUUUGGGCAACUUUUUUUCUAAUGAAAAUAGCUUUCACAAAGUUGUCGAUUA